AUGCAGUCGCGGUGUCGGCUGGUGGCUAUUCUCACCGGCGCCGGUCUCUCGGCGGAGUCGGGCAUCGCCACUUUUCGCGACCAGCGCGGCCUGUGGGAGAACCACCGCGUGGAGGACGUCGCCUGCCCGUCGGCGUAUCAGCGGGACCCGCUGGUGGUGCAGCGCUUCUACAACGCCCGCCGCCGGGCACUGUUGGCCCCGCAGGUGAAACCCAACGCGGCGCAUCUCGCGAUUGCGAAACUGCAGCGGGAGUUCCGCGACGGGCGAGUGGUGGUCAUCACACAAAACGUGGAUGAUUUGCAUGAGCGGGCGGGAUCCACGUCGGUGCUGCACAUGCAUGGAGAAUUAUUAAAGGUGCGUUGUACCGUAACGGGCGAGGUGUUUCACUGGACACGAGAUGUGGAGCACUUGAAGGAUAAAUGUGCGUGUUGUGCCGCCGUUGGGACGCUGCGGCCGCAUAUUGUUUGGUUUGGUGAGAUGCCACUUUACAUGGAUGCGAUCGCGGAGGUGUUGGAGAGGGCCGAUCUCUUUGUAUCUAUUGGAACUUCCGGUAAUGUUUACCCCGCUGCGGGAUUUGCUCUUCAGGCAAAGGCAAAUGGGGCUAAAACACUGGAGUUGAAUCUUGAGCCAGGUGAGAAUUACAGUAACUUUGAUGAGAGUGUGUAUGGAAAGGCUUCAGAGAUAGUACCAACCUGGGUGGAGAAGAUGUUGAAAGAGAAUGCAGAAUAA